CUCCUCCUACCUACAGAUGGCGGCUCCCCACAAACGCAACCGCACUUUCAUCAUGGAGUGUAUCAAAUACAUUUCUACAAUGACUGACACACACCCACCUGAUGGAAAAACUGGAAGCAUGUAGCACAGAUCACUCAGAAGACAUUUAAAGACGCCUGUCUGUGUUUCUUCAGUAUAAAAUGUCAAGUUUCCUCAAGCAGCAUAUCACCUCUAUGGUGCAAGAAUUCAUUCCGCUUGGUGCUCCGCGACGUGACCGUGUAGCUGCCACACCACAUCCUGUGUCAGGUAGUCCACGUAUUGAACCUUCUGAGAAGACUCCAAAACUCUUGAACCCACUGACUAAUUGCAUCCAGCCCACCAAAAACCCUGAGCUGGAGCAGAGGGACAAGUCCACUUCAGCUGCACUCAAAGCCUCCAACAAGAGACCAGAACAGGACGGUGUUCUCAAUCAGAAAGUUGGUGUGAGAAAACUACAACCGAGUAAUGGCAACAUUAACUCCAGGAAGAAUGGCUCUCUCAAUCCCAUGGUUAAAAAGGACAUCCUGCAGAGGACCAGUUCUUACAACAUGAACAAAGAACUUUCUUAUGCUCUCAGUAAGGAGCUGAAUGAAAACUUGAGGCUUGGAGGAGGUUUGUUUCAGUCAGAUGCUGUGAAGGUCCAGAGACAUUCUCUUCUUUAUACACCUCACUCCAGGCGUAACCCUGAGAGUAGUAGUUCCUGCUUAUUCCAGCAGAGACCUAAAGCAACAGUUAACACAGGGGAGAGGAUCAUCCACCGUCCUGAUCAGAAAAAAUAUAGACUGGAGAAUAGAGACCACAAAACCUCCUAUUGUAGUGUCAUGUCCGUUCAGAAGGAAUUAAGCACCUCUCACCACAAAACUAAUCCAGAGGGCAGGAUGUCCCUGUCUGUAAAGAGAAAAAGGGAGGGUAGUACAGAAAAUGAGAAGGAAAUGAAACGCUCAUGUGCUGAUUUCCAACCCACUACCAGCUCUUCCAUUAUAAACUCGCCUAAGUUCGUCAAACGUCCUUUCGUGAAGGGCAGCAAUGAGUCUGAGAUAACUAUAAAGGAGAAACAGCCCCCUAAAAUGCUUGCUGCUGCACCAAACAGCAACAACAAACCCAGACUUCCGCCUUCCCUCCCCAGGCAGCUGUUUAAACCAUGUAAGGACUCAAACACAGCAAGUGACAAACCUAACUCAUUUCAACUCAUUAAAUCACCCAUGAUUGCAGAGCCAAUAGAUGCUAUGGUGGCACAUGCCAACAAAAAUCCCAAAGCUCCACCCAGCCAACCGCAUUUGCGCAAAGUCUCUCCGAAGUCGAGCACAACGUUUGACAGCAUCGAGACACCACUUUUUACACCAGGCUGUUGCUUACCGUCACCCAAAACUCAUAAUAAAAAAGCAAAUGCUGAGAGAGAAACUUGCACACAAACAAGCCCCUAUUCCAACCAUAAGGAGAGUGUUAAAAUUGUCUCGUCCCCCCAUCAUCCUGAUCUAAGAUCACCCAGCUUUGCAGAACAAGCCGGUUCACGUAAGAUGGAAACGGAUGAAAGAACGCAGUUGAAAGUGGAGCAGUCACGCAGCCCCAAGGCUAUCAUGCCUGCCCCAGCUGUGUUGGUGAAUGUAGAAGAAUCAAGAGAACAGAAGUGCUGCCCCCAGUGGAAAUAUCCCUUAGAUAUUGAGUUGGGAGACAACUCCGACGAUGAGCUGAGAGAGUACUGCAAUAUCAGUCUGAGCAGCAGCAGCAGUGGUCAUGAAGAUGAGCCGCUGCCAUCUCUGGAGAAGCUGAUGAGUCGGAGAGACCAUGUGCCUGUUACUCCCGAAAAAUAUGCUUUUUCAGAGCCCAACACACCUGUCUCAAAAGCAGCACCCGAGGCAGUGAAAACCAAAGCCGUUACUUAUAGAAAUACACUGGAGCAGAUGCUGCAAGAGAAGGAACAAUAUCAGAGGUCAAAAGAGUUGGAGAGACAGUUACUUGAGUCAUGUGAAGAGGAUCUGCUGAAUCUAGAUGAGAAUGAGAACAGUGAAAGUAAAUUGGAAGACAUCUCACUUAAGCAAAGGGAAUUUUUGCAAAGGUUCUCUGUCGCCUCAUGUGCCAUCAGGGACAUCCACCCAGGAGAGGAAGUAUUCCUGCCUGCUAGGUUUGGUCGACUCUUCAACCACCAGACGCUGGACCUGAGGAAGAUUUCUGUGACUCCACAUAACAAAUCACAACAAAUCCUCUUUCAGUCCCGUACUGAGCAUGUGCUGUCUCUGAUCAGUGCUGGCUUGUUGAGGAAAGCCUACUUUUCUUUCCCUUGUCAGCCUGAAGUUACACGCUGGCUUUUCCAGAUGAUGUCAGUUUACCCAAACCCAAUUAUUUCCUCACACAUCAUGCAGUCCUUACAAACCAUUGCUCUGUCUGCUGCUCAACACAUAGUUGAACACCAGAGCCAAAGUUUUAAAGUGUGGGUACCCUCUGUACGGGACAUCACCCUGGUUUUCCUGAACAUGGGGGCAUCAUUCAUCAGUCUGUUCCCUCUUGAGGCUCUGCAACCCCCUUUUACUGAGGGAGACCUUUUAGAGAGCUUUCAUCCAGAAGAAACCAGCCAAGACCGAGUGAUAUCUGACAUGAAAGACAAUGGCACAUUACCAAUACAUAAUUUGGAGAGUGUUCUCAAGUACCUCUCCCUGUGUACUGCAUUGUGUCCAAGAGCGUACACUGAUGAGGAGCUGCUCUUGCUUCUGUCUGUGGUGUGUAGAAUUGGACUGGAGACUCAUUUUCAGCUGCUGCCAACUGGACACUUAAGCAUCCUGCUCCAGAAUCUGCUUAAAAAUAUCACACACUGGGAUGUACAGAUAUCUAAAGCUUGUCAGACCCUGACUGAUUUGUCAGAAGAUCAUCACAACCUCAGGAGACUAAUUUAUCUUCUUCCAGAUAGCAGUUGUGGAAAGCAAUUAAAACGACACCUGAGUGUAUCUAUCAUCUCAAAGCUUUUGAAUCACACCUGCACUUAUAAGCCCUCAGGGACAGAGUUUAAGCUGUCUGAGCUGACACCUUUCCUACAUCAAAUGCGUCCCUCGUCCCUACUGAAAGGCCUCAGGUCUGCAAGGAGAGCAGAAGAUUGUGAUGCCAAUCUAGACCAACAAGCAUAUUACCUCUGCUACAGCCUUUUGACUUUGACAAAUGAAGCCUCCAAUUUGGAGUUUUUACCUUCAGCUCAGAGAAAGGAUCUGCAGAGUCUUUCUUCUCAGCUGGAGAAGCACAUUAAGUGUGACAUAAGGGAGAGUGAGAAAAUGCUGUAUAGGAGCAAGGUGAAAGACUUUGUGGCAAGGAUAUACACCAAGUGGCAGGUGCUUCUAACACGAACAAGGCCUCAGGAGGGAAAGCUGUAUGAUUACUGGAAGCCCCCACCAGAGGAUGAGGUGUCCAGCUGUCAAGGCAAUUCAGAGAGUGCAGAAGAAACUCUGACCGCAGAGUGGAGCGGUGCAGAGUCAGAUAAAGAUGCUGAGAGCAAAGAGGAAGAUUGUGAGAAACCUCAGCCUCUGGAGAGUGAGGUGAAGACCGAACGGGAUGAUGACGAUUGUGUGGAAGACAUGAGUGAUGUAGCAGAGAAAAAUUAUGAGCCUAAGCAACAGAUGAUGGAACUUGAGGAAGAUAGAAAGUUUGAACCAAUAUCUGAUGAAGAGCUGUUUGAAACUCACGAGGACUCAGGGUGUGAGGAACCUCAGCCUCUGGAGAGUAAGGAGAAGAUCAGACGAAAUGAUGAAGAUUGUGUGGAGGAUAUCAGUGAUGUAGAGGAGAAAAAGGAUGAGCCAAAGCAACAGAUGAUGGAGCUAGAGGACGAUAGAAAGUUUGAACCAAUAUCUGAUGAAGAGGAGUACGAGGAUGAUGAUGAUCUCAUGAACAGAGAGGAGGAGCUUCUAAAAGAUGAAGAGCCUCUUGAGAAAACAAAGUACAUACCUGUAGAAGAAAUCACUGAGACGUUAGAGAAGCUCGAGGACUUGUUAGAGAAAAACAAAGCUGUUGGAGAUGAAAGAGGAAAUGAAGGAAGGGGUUUGAGAGGGAUGGGUUUGGAGGCGUCUGAGAAAGAACAGAAAUAUUCUCGGGUCAUUUUGAGAUAAUUUUACACCGCACCUUUGAUAUCAUCCAUGCAUAAAUACUGUGUGGGGUUUUGUGCUUUUAUUAAUUGUUAUAGGAUCUUUCAGUAACACACAUCAUGCAUGUAGUUGUUUACAUCUUGUUUAUAAUAUAUUUUGUGUAUGUGUUUUGCAUUUACCAGUUGUCCUUAAUUUGUUUUUACAAGAUUCUUCUUUAAGAUAUGGGAUGUCUUAUCGAAUGUUUGGCCUCCAUUUCUCUGAAAAUGAGACCAUGAGAACAUAUUUUUAUUAUGUACAUACAUUUCAUUAGUUAUUACUUGUAUUAUCUAUAUGGUUAAUGUGCACACUGAUAGUUUUCAGGAUCUACUCUUUAUGCUGCUGUCUAAUCGAUUCAAUUUUUUGACUUUGCCAAAAAUCUGGGGCAUCUUUAUCCAGAAAAUAUUACUAUAACGGCAAAAGCAAGGGCUUAAAUAAUUGUCAACUUUUUAUGUGGGUUCUAAGGAUUAUUUUGUUGCAAGCAAUCCAGUCUUCCUCAAAAAAGACCAAAUUCAGAGUGAUGUUUGUCAUAAGGAUUCUUUAAAAACUGAUUUAUAUAUUUCUUAAAAAAAAUAGU